GUGUACAGCCCAGAUCGCAUCCUUGCACCGUCUGGAUUAGAGCUGAGGCGUCUGCGAACCGAGCGUGGCCCGAGCGGUGUUCUGGCCCGAGAACCAUUGUGCUGUCUACCCGGACUCAGGUACGUCUCAAGUCCAAUUCUCCAAGCAGACCCAGCGUCCAGCUCACGGCUGCCACCACGGCGUCCAUUGUACUCUUGACCAGUUUACUUUGAUGCACCAGUGAAGAAGGGGGCUCGAAUUCCCCUAGAAACGCCUCCAGGACAAGGAGGUGGUCCUGGAGGACCAGGAGGAGGAGGAGGAGGGGAAGGAGGCAGGGGUGCAGGCGGCGAAAGUGUUGGACCAGCGGUGUUGGCAAGCAGGAACGAGCUGGGAGAGGCAGGCGUCGGGCAUCUGUCUACGUUGCGAGCCCGCAGAGCCGGCUGGCAGGACCAGCGUGGGAACGCGGCUGGCCGGCUGUGGACGGCGUCCUCAGCACAAUGGUCCGGCUCCUCUUGGUUUUUUUCCCAGCGAUCUUUUUGGAUAUGUCCCUUCUUCCCAGGGGACCCGGUAGGAAAGUGUUGCUGGCGGGAGCCUCAUCUCAGCGCUCGGUGGCCAGAAUGGACGGAGAUGUCAUCAUUGGGGCCCUCUUCUCAGUCCACCACCAGCCCCCGGCGGAGAAGGUGCCCGAGAGGAAGUGUGGAGAGAUCAGGGAGCAGUAUGGCAUCCAGAGAGUGGAGGCCAUGUUCCAUACAUUGGAUAAAAUUAACGCAGACCCGGUCCUCCUGCCCAAUAUCACUCUGGGCAGUGAGAUCCGGGACUCCUGCUGGCACUCCUCCGUGGCUCUGGAGCAGAGCAUCGAGUUCAUCAGGGACUCUCUGAUUUCCAUUCGAGAUGAAAAGGAUGGGCUCAACCGGUGCCUGCCUGACGGCCAGUCCCUCCCCUUAGGCAGGACUAAAAAGCCUAUCGCCGGUGUGAUCGGCCCAGGCUCCAGCUCCGUAGCCAUUCAAGUGCAGAACCUGCUCCAGCUCUUCGACAUCCCCCAGAUUGCCUAUUCUGCCACAAGCAUCGACCUGAGUGACAAAACUUUGUACAAAUACUUCCUGAGGGUUGUCCCUUCUGACACUUUGCAAGCAAGGGCAAUGCUUGACAUAGUCAAACGUUACAAUUGGACCUAUGUCUCUGCAGUCCACACAGAAGGGAAUUAUGGGGAGAGCGGAAUGGAUGCUUUCAAAGAGCUGGCUGCCCAGGAAGGCCUCUGCAUCGCCCAUUCAGACAAAAUCUACAGCAAUGCUGGGGAAAAGAGCUUUGACCGACUUCUGCGCAAGCUCCGGGAGAGGCUUCCCAAAGCCAGAGUGGUGGUCUGCUUCUGCGAAGGCAUGACGGUCCGAGGCCUCCUGAGUGCCAUGAGGCGCCUGGGCGUCGUGGGAGAGUUCUCACUCAUUGGAAGUGAUGGAUGGGCAGACAGAGAUGAAGUCAUUGAAGGUUAUGAGGUGGAAGCCAACGGGGGAAUCACAAUAAAGCUGCAAUCUCCAGAGGUCAGGUCAUUUGAUGAUUAUUUCCUGAAGCUGAGGCUGGACACUAAUACAAGGAAUCCCUGGUUCCCUGAGUUCUGGCAACAUCGGUUCCAGUGCCGCCUACCAGGACACCUUCUGGAAAAUCCCAACUUUAAAAGAAUCUGCACAGGCAAUGAAAGCUUAGAAGAAAACUAUGUCCAGGACAGUAAGAUGGGGUUUGUCAUCAAUGCCAUCUAUGCCAUGGCUCACGGGCUGCAGAACAUGCACCACGCCCUCUGCCCAGGCCAUGUGGGCCUCUGUGAUGCCAUGAAGCCCAUCGACGGCAGCAAACUCCUGGACUUCCUUAUCAAGUCCACGUUCAUCGGUGUGUCUGGAGAGGAGGUGUGGUUUGAUGAGAAAGGGGAUGCUCCUGGAAGGUAUGAUAUCAUGAAUCUGCAGUACACAGAAGCUAAUCGCUAUGACUACGUACAUGUUGGAACCUGGCACGAAGGCGUGUUGAACAUCGAUGAUUACAAAAUCCAAAUGAACAAGAGUGGAGUGGUACGGUCUGUGUGCAGUGAGCCUUGCUUAAAGGGUCAGAUUAAGGUCAUACGGAAAGGAGAAGUGAGCUGCUGCUGGAUUUGCACAGCCUGCAAAGAGAAUGAAUACGUGCAAGAUGAAUUCACCUGCAAAGCCUGUGACUUGGGGUGGUGGCCCAGUGCAGAUCUAACAGGCUGUGAACCUAUUCCUGUGCGCUAUCUUGAGUGGAGCAACAUAGAAUCCAUCAUAGCCAUCGCCUUUUCCUGCCUGGGCAUACUUGUCACCUUGUUUGUUACCCUCAUCUUUGUGCUAUACCGAGACACACCAGUGGUCAAAUCCUCCAGUCGGGAGCUCUGCUACAUUAUCCUAGCUGGAAUCUUCCUUGGUUAUGUGUGCCCUUUUACUCUCAUUGCCAAACCUACCACCACAUCCUGCUACCUCCAGCGCCUUCUGGUUGGCCUCUCCUCUGCCAUGUGCUACUCUGCUUUAGUGACCAAAACCAACCGAAUUGCACGUAUCCUAGCUGGCAGCAAGAAGAAGAUCUGCACCAGGAAGCCCAGGUUCAUGAGCGCCUGGGCCCAGGUGAUCAUUGCCUCAAUUCUGAUUAGCGUGCAGCUAACCCUGGUGGUAACCUUGAUCAUCAUGGAGCCCCCCAUGCCCAUCCUGUCCUACCCAAGUAUCAAGGAAGUCUACCUUAUCUGCAAUACCAGCAACCUGGGUGUGGUGGCCCCUCUGGGCUACAAUGGACUCCUCAUCAUGAGCUGUACCUAUUAUGCCUUCAAGACCCGCAAUGUGCCCGCCAACUUCAAUGAGGCCAAAUAUAUUGCCUUCACCAUGUACACCACCUGCAUCAUCUGGCUAGCUUUUGUGCCCAUUUACUUUGGGAGCAACUACAAGAUCAUCACCACCUGCUUUGCAGUGAGCCUCAGUGUAACGGUGGCCCUGGGGUGCAUGUUCACUCCCAAGAUGUACAUCAUUAUUGCCAAGCCUGAGAGGAAUGUCCGCAGUGCCUUCACCACCUCUGACGUAGUCCGCAUGCAUGUUGGCGAUGGCAAGCUGCCCUGCCGCUCCAACACUUUCCUCAACAUUUUCCGAAGAAAGAAGCCAGGGGCAGGGAAUGCCAAGUGA